AGACAGGAGGAAGUAAAUUAAUGAUCAGAACUUCAGACAGGUUCAUGUUUAUAUCUGCGCGAGAUCUCAUUCUAAUUCCUCCUCAACUUAGAAAACCCCAGAAUCUUGUCCCGGGAGUGUCAUUGUUCUGCUGUAAAUACCAGCAGUUUGGACCAUAAGUUAGACUACGGUAGUCUGGAAACCCAACAAUUAUCUCCCCCUGCCCCUUCCCUCCACUCCUAUUACAACCACAACCAGAGUCACGAAUCACCAACAAUAUUACAGAAUGGAUAAAGAUCGAUCUAAAGGCCUGUCCCUUCGAAAGAAGCGGAGCGAAGGCAAACGCUCGGCGAAGCCAGUCAUCGGUCCACCACGACAGGUCCCCAUGCCCCCAAUGCCGGGUGCGAAGCUUGGACCAGCUUCAGGGCCUCCGCAGGUUCGUGUUAGAGACAAACAAAUGGUUGCAGAUCUUGUCAAACGACGAAUGUCUACACGGUUUCCGAUGCCUAGUGAACCGGGUGCUAAUAUCCCAGCCAUGCCAAACUUGCCAUCGGGACCAAACAUGAUUGCAGCUGGGGCUGGUGCACGACUCCCUGUGAAGCAACCUGAACGAUCUGAUGGGGUGAAUCUUGACUUGGAUACCUUUCGUGAUCCAAACUUUAAUCCAGAUGCAUUUGUCGCCACGGUCUUGGCCAAUGCUUCAGAUGAGGAAAUCCGAGACUACCAACGCCGCCUCAAGGACAUCCGUAACCGUACCUCUUCCGAUUUACAGAAAAAUGUGUUCGUGAACCGAACACAGUUUAUCCUUAUCUCAAAAGAAAUUGAUAAGCUCAAGAGUGAGAUGCGUGUUCUGCGGAACCUACUAAACGAUCUACACAACACCACUAGUUCGCUCAAAACGGACUCCGAGAAUUCAAGUACCACAAGUGAUCUCAAAGCUAGAAAGGCAGCGAAUAGGAGUAGUGUGGCUGAUCUCACUGCCUUACAUAUGAGCCAUCUUCAAGCUUUGUGGAAACAAGUUGAAGGGGCACAAAAGUUCCUCCCAUCAGUUCCCGGGAGGCAUAUCAUCUUGGAAUCCCGGCACUGGGUUGAGUUAAACGCUGCCACUUGGAAGCCUCGACGAAUUGUACACAUAGUGCUCUUGAACGACCAUCUUCUUGUUGCUACCGUGAAGAAGAAGCGAACAGAUAACGGAAGCUCCAGCUCUCCUCAGAUCAAAAAUGUAGCCGAGAGAUGCUGGCCUCUUGCUGAAAUCGAAAUGGUGGACUUAUCUCCGAACGACUCCCAAAACGCAAAGAGAGCUCAAGUGUUGAAUGCUGUGAACUUGAGAGUAGGGAAAGAAUCAUUUGUUUAUCAAAACGAAGAUCUCUCCAAGAAGAGUGAGCUCCUCCGCCAGUUCAAAAAAUCUGCAGACGAGCUCCGGAAAGCACUCAGGGCUAAAAGCGAGGACAACCUGCGCAGAAGAGACAGCAUGACUUUCCUAGCAGGUCGUGACCCUAGACUUCUCGAGAACGGGGGCCUAUUAAAUAGUCUUAGCGCGCAUGGUUCGACUAGUGCACUAUUUACUGUUGAGGGGCAGACCCGUAACCUGAGAUGGGUGGAAGCGCAAAUGGAUGAGUUGGAUGAGAAGAUUGCGCACCGCCAGUUCGAGGAGGCUGUUGUCGGUGUGGAAAAACUCCGAGGUCUCGGUCGGGCGCUCACGAGCAACAAUGCUCUAGUAGCAGAGCUGAUCAACUUCAAAGUUGACGAGAGAGCGUCACGACUCGCUACAAUAAUCACAGCAGACCUGACAGAAAACCCAGCUAAGAAGAGUGCGGUCAAAGCGAAUGUCCAAUGGCUUGUCAGACUUGAUUUUGAGGAUCGUGCGCGGGAGGCUUUCCUAGAAGCUAAGUCGGAUGUCAUCAAGAAACGGACUAGACAAGUUAGAUUUGAGGGUGACGUGCCUCUCUACAUCUCCCAAGUUGCUCUUGUACAGUUCACCCUCAUCAAGAACACUGUUGAAAUAUACAAUAGCUGUUUCGAAUAUCGCCUUGCAAGUGCCCUUGUCCGUUGGGCUAAAGAGCGUGCAGACGAGUACAUGGAUAUAUUCGAGCGUCAGCUUCACGCCAUCGAUCAGGAUAGUAACGUUUACGGCGAUUGCAUUGAGAUCACGCGGUUACAUUCUACCAUGCUGGUGGAUUGCGGUCUCGACUUUAAAGAAUUGAAAGAUCCACGAUUGAGGGCUAGGAAGGAUGAUGGUGCUGCAGGUUUGGAACUGAAGUGAUUGUUGAUUGUUGGAUUAGGAUUGCUUGCUUGAGGUUGCAUACUAUAUAUAUAACUCGAUAAUUGGUACUUGCGCUAAGACGUCCAAAACUCCCUAUCUCAGAUAGUGGGCAAAGGCGCUGCGCAAAUAACUCCCUAACCCCGCUGAGGGAAGGGCCAAGUGCUGGAUCCCACCGGCGACCCGAACGUCCUAGCGCGGGUACCAAUUGUUCUUACGGUAUUUGCUUUUCAGUGGGGGAUAGAGUAUGUUUGAAAUACAGGGAUCUUUAUUUACUGUUCGAGUCUUUAUCCUCCACUUCUUUCUCCUCUUUUAUUUAGGCUCUACGAUUUUUAGAUCUUUAGCUACUACUAUUCCUUAUUUGCUUUGACAAUGGAUUGUUCGUAAUGGA